CUUACCUUCGCAUCGACUUGAAUGGCAUACUAUCAUUGCUGUACUUAUACAUCUUACACAUGCUUCUACCAUCAGUGUUCAGCGUCAGAAGUCAUGAUUUUCUCACAGAACAAAUGGCAGUGUGAUUAUUCUGGGUUAUAUAUCAUGGUGAACCUAGUACCACUGGUGGGCUCGUUCAGUCAAGGACAAUGUCUUCCUCGGCUCAGGAUGCCAUUCCACAACUUGAACUGGGAAACACGUUCGGGGCACUUUUUAUUGGGGUUAUCCUGGCAGCAGUUCUCUUUGGUCUAACCAAUGUUCAAGCUUUCAUCUACUUGCAGGCGCAUAGAAACGCGGGGAUAACAUUUUUCAAGCUGGUUAUUACCUGGCUUUGGAUAUUUGAUGCUCUGCACCUGGCCCUGACAAUCCAUUGCGUCUACUAUUAUUUGGUGACCAACUAUGCGAACUUUGGUGUACUCACGGAAAUCGUAUGGAGUCUCAAACUUCAGUUAGUAAUCAGCGCUCUCAUCGUUCCUAUGGUACAACUUUUGUAUGUUCAUCGCAUAUGGAAAAUAAGCGAAGGUCGAUCAAGAGUUCUCCCGGCCAUAUCGUUGGGCAUGGUCUUGGUACUAAUUUCAGGCGAGUUUGUUGCCUCCCUCGCUUGGGAGCAAUGUAGGGUCAAAUUUUUCAAGGAUUUGGCCAAGACCAUGUGGUCGAUAUAUCUGUGUUUAGGAGCAGCCACUUCUACCGAUAUUAUCAUCACAUCAUUGCUAUGUUAUCUCCUCGCCACUUCACGUACUGGGUUCUCUUGCACCGAUUCAUUCAUAACAAAGCUCGUGGGCUAUACCGUCAGUACUGGCUGCCUGACAAGUAUUUUUUCGGUGUCAAUCAUAAUCACAUGUGCUGUGAUGCCCACAACCUUCAUCUUCAUCGGGCUUCCAUUUUUAGUGACUAAAUUAUAUGUCAACUCGUUUAUCGCACUCCUGAAUGCGCGAUACUAUAUGCAGGCCAACGCAAUUGUCGAUCCUCCUCAACUUUAUGAGCACCACGGCGUCUAUCACCAGGAACUCCACACUAGUGGAUCGCAAGAUGAAGAGUUUCACAAAUCCCAGGGAGACCCUAAGGAUGAGGUACUGCAUAUCACGCAACCUAUCCAGGGUAUCAUGCCACAGCCAACGACAUCGACGAUGGAAAUGAAGUCUCCCUCGUCAUUAGUGUGACAUGUUAACUAUGUGUCUGAUCAAGAGAUGACAUGACACCUACAGAAACAUAGUUUGUAUUCUAAAGUUAUCAGGGCGGCGCAUCUACAACGGCCGGCGGGAAUGGUGGAGUGGUAGGGGUAGGCAUCACAUCAGGUUUUGAAAGCGG